CAAUUGUUAUUAUUAUUUGACCGUUCUUCUUCCGUGGAUGAGAUCUAUCGUUCGUCCUUCUCCGACAUCAUCCGCAUUCAUCAAGCGCCGGCCAUCUGUCCGCGUAAUUGGGCCCAUUCCCCCGAUCAUUCGCCGCCCGGCCGCCACUCUCCGGCAGUCUCCGGCGCCGAUACGUUUCCUCCGAUACGGUUCCAUAUCUCUCCCAGAGCACUGAAUUAUUCCAUUCCGUUAUGACAAGGCGAAAUCUUUGAUUACCGCAGCAGAAGAAGCUUCGAAUCUUCCUUCUCCUCGAUGGAUGCCAUCCGACUUCCGUUUCUCCUCAGCAAUCUCUUCCUGCCAAUGUCCUAAUACGCAUCCUGCGACCUUUCUCUUCUUACAAAAGCGGGGAAGUUAUUCGUCUCCAAUCUCAGCUGCCGUUUAUUCAGCUUCAAUUGGAUCCAUAAGAGCUUGAUUAUGCGGGUGUUAUUGGUAUUCCUUACGAUCUUCCUCUGUAUAUCGGUUUCCGAUAGCUCCGAUGGGCCGAUUACGAGGCUGCGCGACCAGGGUCUGACCGGCUUGGGGUUGCCGGUCAGAUCUCUCAAGUCUCUCUCGCCGAGUCCCAAUACUGCAUUGGUUGCUGCUCUUGAUGGGACGAUACAUUUGAUGGAUAGUGAUUCCGGGAGAGUGAUAUGGUCAUUCGCUUCAGGACCACCCAUUUAUUCUUCUUAUCAAGCUCCGGUCAACCAAGAUAACGAUACGGAAAUUUCUACUGAACCUAACCGCAGGUUCUUCAUAGACUGUGGGGAUGACUGGGAGUUGUAUGCGCACAGUGAACUUGGUAAAGUGAAACUGCCGUUGAAUAUUGACGACUUUAUUAGGAGCACACCACUUAUAUCAGAAGACGACCGAUCAAUUACUCUUGGAUCUAGGAAGAGUACUGUGUUUGAGGUCGAUGCUUUGACAGGACGACUUCUCCAUGCUUAUGGUAUGCCUGAUUCUCCAUCUACUUCUCCAAUGAAUACAGAGAAUACUUUUUUCUACAAUGAGAAAGCUAAGGAUUUGGUGGAGUCGAGUUCAACUAUGUCUGAGACCAUGCAGCACCGACUGAAGAUUACAAGGAUAGAUUAUAUACUGCAAUCAUUUGCUGUUAAGUCAGGUAGAUCUCUGUGGAACAUGACACUUGCCGAAAUAGGAGCUGCUUUAAUUUGUCAUGAAGAUGAAAAUUCGCUUGAUGAAGCACUAGCCAAUCCAAGGCUUCAACUAGGUUCCGAUUCUGGAAAUCCCUUUACGAUGCCAUUGUCAUGUCAAUCAAGGGCCAUUGUGUAUCGCUUACGAAAUCGUGAUAUACAUGAUUCAUUCUCUAGGUCCCAGCUUCACACAGUCAUGCAGCUGCCGGGGCCUAAUUCAAGAGAGUUACUCUCUCAUCAGCCUAAGCUUGUAAAAGCAUUGCCGCUUCAACCCGAAAAUAUAAUGCUUCCUCAUCCAGAUUAUUUGCUUCGUCAAGAACUUCAUGAUGAUGGUCACACUGCAGUGAUGCUUCCACUGCCGGCACCUGAGAGUGCUAACUCUGGAGUGGCUAAUAGGGACUUAAAAAUCCCUUUUACUGAUGUUUCAAGCAAAUCUGUUGGGUGGUCAGCUGCAUUGUCUUUGUUGGUAGUUACUGCUAUCAUCGUUGGUUUUGUCUACCACUAUGCUCGUAAGUCUCGAGAACAUGCUAAUCAGGUUGAAGAUUCUAAUAUGAAAACGCCCUCCAAGAAGAAGAAACCACGUAAACCUGGCAAGAGCAAUGGCAGCCCUCAGAGUAAGGGAAAGGACAUCGUGACAGGGACAGAAGAAGGGCUUGCAAAUAGUGAGGGUGAGGAUGAUGCAUGGAAGAAGCUAAACAAAAUUGUUACGGGUAACUUGGAUGGGCGUAGGAUAGGUAAACUAUUUGUGUCGAAUGCAGAAAUCGCUAAAGGGAGCAAUGGGACUAUCGUUUUUGAGGGCGUCUAUGAAGGCCGACCUGUUGCUGUUAAACGCCUUGUCAAGGCCUAUCAUGAUGUGGCUAUUAAAGAAAUUGAGAAUCUCAUUGCUUCUGAUCGACACCCAAAUAUUGUCAGAUGGUAUGGGUUGGAGUUUGAUCAGGAUUUUGCUUAUGUUUCUCUGGAACGCUGUACGUGCAGCUUGGAUGAUCUGAUCCAGAUAUUCUCAGAUUCUACAAAAGAUUCAAUGUUUCCCGAGGACCCAUCAUCAAGGACCAUGAUUGAAUAUAAGUUCCGGCUAAAUUCUGUCAGAGAUACUUUUCAAGAUGUCAGCUUGUGGAAGCCAAAUGGUCAUCCCUCUCCUCUACUGAUAAAACUAAUGAGGGAUGUGGUAUCGGGACUUGUACAUUUGCAUGACCUAGGAAUUAUACAUCGCGAUUUGAAGCCUCAAAAUGUGUUGAUAAAUAAGGAACGAUUCAUAUGUGCGAAGCUUUCUGAUAUGGGAAUCAGCAGACGCCUUCAUGCAAACAUGUCUUCCUUGGGUUACCAUGCCACAGCAGGUUGUGGCAGCUCGGGAUGGCAAGCACCUGAGCAACUUCUUCAUGGGCGUCAAACACGCGCAGUAGAUGUGUUCAGUUUAGGCUGUGUUCUCUUCUUCUGCAUCACUGGGGGAAGGCAUCCAUUCGGUGAUCGUUUUGAACGGGAUGCAAAUAUUGUGAAAAAUAAGAUGGAUCUCUUCUUGGUUGAAUUCAUACCUGAAGCUGUAGAUCUAUUCUUUCGUCUGCUAAACCCUGAACCUGAUCUGAGGCCAAAGGCGUUAGACGUACUGCACCACCCACUGUUCUGGACUUCGGAGUUGAGACUAUCUUUCCUUCGAGACAUGAGCGAUCGGGUAGAAUUGGAGGAUAGGGAGACAGAGUCCGAUCUUUUGAAAGCACUGGAGAAAACUGCACCAUUGGCUCUCGGUGGGAAGUGGGAUGAGAAGAUGGAGCCUGCAUUUAUCAACAACAUAGGUCGAUACAGGCGUUACAAGUAUGAUAGUGUUAGAGAUUUGUUGCGAGUUAUGAGGAACAAGCUGAAUCACUACAGAGAGCUUCCCAAAGAGAUUAAGGAACUUCUCGGACCAGUUCCUGAAGGGUUUGAUCAUUACUUCGCCGGACGAUUCCCGAAACUCUUGAUCGAGGUCUAUAAAGUCGCGUGCACGCACUGCAAGGAGGAAGAAUGCUUUCAAAAGUACUUUAGAAGUGAAGAACUGUGAUUUGAGUGAUGGAAGCGACUGCCAAAGUGCAAAUUCUCCAUAAAAAAAAAACAGUUAUUAGUUUGUACUUAGGCCACUGUGAAAUAUGCAUGUAAUGGUGUAAGUCUAAUCUCAUGUAAGAAGUCCCCCAUGAGUUGAAUUUUAAAAUCUUACUUUAAUUAAA